UUAUGCUGUGAUUAACUUUUAGAAAUAUUACGUAGCCUAUAUUUAGGCUGUUUAUUUUUCUAAACAAUUAAAUAUAUUGACUUUUUGAGUUUACCAUGCUAAAUACUGUUCAUAUCAACGACUGGCGUCUUCUUCUGUACAUUUUACUGCGAGGUAAUUUACUGUACCCAACAGGUGUGUCGCGUGGAAGCACUUCCUGUUGAACUUCGUUGUAAGAGUGUCUCGCUAUGGCUACAGAAGAGCUGGAUAAAAUGAAUGUUAUUACAGACUUGUCAAACAAGGCCAUAGAGGAGUAUGAAGGCCUGCAGAGGAAGCAUGAGACCGCAACCAUGGAGUGCAAGAGGCUGGAGGAGGAGAGAGACGAAGCCAUCAAGAAGCUCAAUGAAUUCCAGCAAGUUUCUCAGCUGGUCAUUGAAGAGGUUAAUGCCAUUCAGGAAAACUUGGAGAUCGAGAGGACGUGUAGGGAAGGCGCUGAAGCCCUGGCCUCUAAGUUAAACCGUCAGAACUGCUCUCUGAAGAGGAAAAGCAUGAUGUUGCUGUCCCACCUUAGCCCAGAGACCAUCACUGAGAUCAACCUUGAGGAUGAAAAAGAUGAGGAGGAGGAGGAGGAAAGUGAUGAACUAGCCAAGGUCUGCCUCUCCCCGCAGUGCCCGUCCAUCAUCUCAGACCUUCAAAGUCAAUUGGAAUUCACACUGAAGGAGAAAAAUCAAGCAAUGUUGGAUCUUGAGGCAGCGAGAGAUCAACUGAAGCAUACCAGAGAGGAGCUGCUGAAAGAGAAACAUGAUAACACUGUUUUAAUUGCUGAGACAUUGCAGCAGAAGAAGCUCCUGGGCAAAUAUAACAGAGUGUCUCACUUUGCUGUGGAGGAAUUUGAAACCUUGGAGGACGCCCUGAGCUUGGAGCAGGACCUGAGAACAGAGGCCGAGAAGUUUGCCAGAGCGAUGUUGGUUGAGCAAAAGCAGCUAAAGAGACAGAGUCAGAUCCUGAUGCAGAGUUCCUUGCCCAGUCAAGCUCUACAGGAAGCCCUCAGCCAGGUCACCAGACUGACCAAAGAUCUGGAGUCCCAGAGGCUUGAGCACCAAGAUCAGAUAAAGCAGACGGAGGAAAGGCUGAGGAGCUGUGAGGCUCAGAAGGAUCUGACAGCAUUGAGGCGUAAACUAGAGCUUAUGGAGGAGGAGAAGAUGGAUUAUCUUGACAAGUUCUCCAAGGCUGCUGUGGAGGUCAAAGAUCUGCGCUUCACAGUUGAAGAGCUCCAGAAGAAGCUGCAGGCAGCCAUUAACCCACCCCCAGCACCAGCACCACCACCUCCCCCACCACCUCCUCCUCCCCCGGCCCCAGCACCCCCAACCUCCAACCCACUCAGUUCACUAUUGUCAUUGAUCCGGAAGAGAAGAAACAUUAGUACUGACAUCCCAUUGGUGGACAAAGACUCUGCUGAGACACCAGGGGUGGACGUCAGGCAGCAGGCCGUGGACGAAAUGAUGCAAAGGAUCAAGAAAGGUGUUCAACUUCGACCUGUUACUCACUCACCCACCAGAACCAGAACCAGAAGACAGAUGGAGAGGCUGCCCUCUAAUUCUGCCUAUCAGGAACUUAAAGGAAUCAUGGAGAGUUUCAAUAGAACCUCCCACCAACCAAAGACAGUGGCUCCAGCAACAAACGACAAAAACGAGGAGCUGCAGAGGAUCCUGCUGAGACGGCGGGAUGCCCUGGAGUCCUAACACUUUACCAGUCACAAUUGCGUCCUCUCCCCUGUGCCGGGAAAGCUGCCACCCUUCCACCUGUUAAGACUGGAUGCGGGCAACGGAAGAACAAGUGACAUAAAAUCAAUAUCCAGGAUUUAUUUCAGACAGUGCAUUGAAAUCAAUAAUUUGCCUGCACUAUGAGCAGUUAGAAAUACAGUUACAUGGUUCCUAUGUAGUUUCCACAUGAGGGGAAAAAAAGAUCGACGCAGGCAUUCUGUUUGUGAUUCCAGUCGGAGAUUACACAGCAGCAGUGUAUCAGUGAAUUAUAUUGAGGCCAUUUAAUUUCAGUGAAAUGAAAGACGUGCAUCCCACACUGCCUUUUCAGGGUUCAUUCAGCUCUUUUUGUAAUACUGAAGGUGAAGCCGAAUUUAUUGUUUGCACUGUGAGGAACAGUCCCACAGGUUCUGCAGCCUUGAGCUUCUGCCAAAGGGAAGUAUGUCUGUGAAUUGUUCUGUCUGAACCAAUGUUAACCUUGUAGCCCCCCAGUGAGCAAUUACAAGCCACUGUGACACAUUUUGUUUCUACCGUUCCAUGAACACACCCCUACCUUCUCAGGACGGCAUUUCAUGGAGGGCACAGCCACAUCCUUUAGACAUAUCACUUCAAGGAUUUAGGACAAAUAAGGGGGCAGUUUUUUAAGCUCUUCAGGUUUUGUGGGAUUUCAAACCAAAACUGCUUCAAAAACAACAUACCACACACACAUCAGUGAAUGUGUGUUGUGACAUUGAGAAUCCGGUUUGAAUUUACAUUCGUUACAUUCCUGGAUUUCAUUCCUUUUCAUGUUUUGAACAGUAAAAAGACUUGGAAGAGAAAAGCUGCCCAGUUUACAAUGUGAUCUACAUAAAGAGACAUUUUUAUAGAACAUGUGUCCAGUCAUAGCAUGUUUAUACUGACAACACAGUUCAGUUCUCAUAAUAUAGAUUCAUGUUGUAAUGGUUCUGUACAGAAAAGCAAAGUUAGCAAGUUGUUUUUUUAACAGUGUUAAUGGGUCUGGAUCUUUUGUGAAGUGUAUUUUGUUUUGUUCCUCUGUUCUUAUAUAUAUAUAUAUAUAUAUAUAUAUAUAUAUAAAACAUAAUAAUAUUAACUUUAGACGAGGAUGGAUCGCCUCUCAGGGCCACCUUCAGAAAUAUUUUUUCCUUUCUACAAAAGUAUCUCUGAUUGGUCUAACACUCCAGCUGCUUGAGUAGUGUACAGACUGGUUAAGUAUCUGUAUGUUCAGUUUAAACUCAAGGUCUCAGUUUAGCUCCACAUUCAAUUUAAAUCUCCUCUCUGGAUUGUUGAUGACAUACAUGUCCAAUUUACUUUAUUUUUCAUAAUUAGUUAGUCAAAUGAUUGUGUAUAAAAUAUAUGUAUCUAAAAAAUGUUGGUUACUGUUGGAUACAUUUCUACUAUGGACUUGUGUGUGACUUUAAGGUCUUUGCAUGAGAGACAGCUUUUUUACAAUAUGUGGAACUGUAUACAUUUUUGGUGAUCAUAUUCUGUUUUAUAUAAUGAACCAAAAAAUUAAAGGACUGUGAUUUAUCACGUUUUUUCUCAAAAGACUUCAGAAAUGCAGGACACUUCAGCACAGACUGGUUUGUUACAGUUUCAAAGGGCCUUAAGCUGGAUUUUACCUUUAAGCCUUAGAGGUGUGUGUUAGUCAGGUAUGGAGCAGAGGAUCAGACUGUGCCCUUUGAAAAAUCACAAUGACUGUGCCGGUGAUUUAAUCACAAUGGAGGGCUGCUUGCGUGUUAUUUUGUUUUCCUUCGACACCUGCCCAAAUUUCCCAGACACUUCCUUUAGUGAGGAGGGAUUGAAACAUGAGAGCUGUGAACUGUGGGUAAUGUCCAUCACCUUUUGUGUAGCUGCUGUUAAUUAAAGCUCAGGCUUCGUUUAGCACUAAGGUGCAAUUUCCAGCUCCAAAUCCUCCCCCCCCCCAAAAGAGUGUGGAGGAAAUGUCAUUAUGGCUCAAAGUCUCUCUCUAACCUGAUUCAUCGGCAGCAGCUUCAAAGACUGCUCUCUGUCUUCCACACCAUUAUUUGCUCCGCGCUACACUGGACCAAAUGUCGCACAGGAAGUCACACUCUAAUUUUAUUUAGCAGAAGAUUAAGUCACAACAGAGGCUGCCGUGAAACAGGAAAUGGUCUGUUAGGAGAUUCAGCAAACUAAUUGUUUUCACAGAGAGCAAAUUUGUCUUUUGCUCCUCCACCUUCUCAUAACAAAAGUAGUAUGAGGACAUCUGAAAUCUGGACAAUAUCUUAAGAGUAAAAUCAAAAAAGACGAGAAGGCCUCUGUAUUGAUUUAUGUCUCUGCCUUAUCAUAUCCUCUAUAUCUAAUUAGCUUCUUCUAGUUGAGGCCAUCCUGGCACAGCUCAAUAGUUUGCCAACAUACAAUAUAGUCUUUGAUUCAGAGGAGUGUCCUUUGAAUCUGUUGCCUCCCUCUUCCCGUCCUUAGCAGAAGCAAAGUCAAUGACCAGCUCAAUUCCUUCCUACGCCAUCUGCUCCAGCUCCAGACUCGCUGAUGUUGAUUGACGGACGGUGCACACACUGCCGAUGAUGGCAAAACAUGUAAUUACACCAACCAUGCUGUGUCCUUUUCUUCCCUUCAGCCUGUCCUCCAUUCUCAGCUCUUCGGCCUCUUCCUUGUCAUCGGCCUGGGAAAUAUAAUGUUUUGUUGUUUUUGUAUUUUUGUGCCUUCAGGGACCAGCAAUUAGGGAGGUUCUGUUAGUGUUUUUUGGAAACACUUAAUUUGACCUAUUUUGUUAGUCAUUUCAUUUAUUUUCCCCAAACACAGUAAUUGCCUGCUGGGGAGCCUCAGAAGAGACGCUGCUGUGUGUCCAGCCUGCACGUUUCAUUGAUUAGAGGUUGUCUUCAGUCGCAACACUUAGUGCAACACUGAGUGUGAGCUCCCAGCAACCCAAGAAACCACAAACAGCAGAAGAACUAUCAGUGUUAGUUUGUGUUAUUUUACCGAUGAAGUCAACUUGAAAUAUUAAGAAAAAUGUAUCGCCUGGAAACACUAUUUGAAAUAGAACUUAAUGUCGAUCGUGGUAAUGUAAGUGAAAAGAUUUAUACAAGAAAUAGAUAGACCUGUCGGGUUUGCUUUAACAGUGAACAGAAUAUCUUCAGUCUAAAUGUUUAAUUCCAGCCUUAAACAUUGAAGCAGGAAUGUAUUGGAGCGUCAGCUUGGCCAUGUCAGCCAGAUUCUGUGUGUUUUAAGAGAAAGGAGCAGUGAAUGAGGGAUAACUCACUUGACAGGCCUAUUGAUGCAGCUGUAUGUGGCUGGUACACAAAGCACUUGUGAAACUCCUCCAUUUCUCACCAUAUACAAGCAGCCUCCUUUCCAUGGCUGCAGGCCGGGGCGGAAAGAUGCUCGUCCAGCCUCUCCGCUCCCGUCUUUACAUGCUGACAGAAUCACUUCCUCCAGGAACUGAGGAGCUAUGAGAGGGGUCAGCGUGGGGGGCUGACCAGUAAUGAAGAGGCCUUUACCUCACCACGUCCUGAACAGACAGGAGGCAGGCUUUGUUGAACAACACCGACACAGCUCUGUAUGUGUGUUUGUGUGUGAGUGAAUGUGUGUUUCUGGCAUUUAUCCUCCCACAGCUUACAGCCUUUUAUUAACCAGUUUUGUUAAAGCGCAGCACUUCAAUGGCACAAAUGAAUACAAUGAAUAAGGGAUUAUUUGUACUUUAUUGGAAUUGUUUCUGUUUGAAUUUGCUAAUAUAUUGUUGAGUAUUUUCCUUAUGUAUAUAUAAAUCCGCAGCUGUCCAUUUUAUGUAUUUAAUUUUGUCACGUCUAUAACUUCAUAUCGAUGAGUGAAUAUUACGGUCAUAUUUAGUCUAAAUUCCAGUGGAGAAUUUUUAAGUCAUUUAAAAUGAUUAGUUCUCUACCAGGUAUCCUUAAGGGGUCUGAAAUAGUCAGAGCCUUGUUUUAAAAGGUGAAAAAUCUUGUUUGUAAAUGAUCUACAUGUUUCUGAGGACACAACCAAAGAAGGCCACAGGCAGACAUAUUGAUGCAAAGUAAAUGUGGGAACUUUUUUUGUACCUUGACUUUUAUGUAAAAAAAAAAAAAAAAAA